AGUUUUGGUGCUGUUUUUGAUGUCAAAUGUUUUGGGGAGCUGUUUGUAGUUGUCUGCACAUCUGUUUUGAUCCACAGUGACUCAGCUCAAAGUAUGCACUUCAACCACAGGAAAUUUUGUCAGGCACCAGAACAGACCUCAAGAGCCUUUGUACAAGUUGUUGUGUUUGUAGUGGUACUUUAGUGCUUAAAUUUAAUUGAACGCAAGGUCACUUGGUGUCUGACUUUCCGUCUUUAAAUACGACAUUAAAUUAAUACAUCUAUGAUGUCAGUUUUGUUCAUCAUUUGGAUGCUUUGUACUCUGGAUUUGUCAGACUCUGUACCUGAUGAAUGUCAAGAUGAGAUAGAGCGUCUUAAGGUGGAGCUGAAGAGUUUGGAAGUUCGCCAUACAAAGCAACAGCAACUUAUUCAACGAUUAAUGAAUCUCAACCAGAUGGAUGAACGUUCCCAGAAAGAGGACUCAUUUUAUGACAUGGGAGACAAACAGUACAUGGACUGUGCGCAGAUCUUCAAAAAUGGGAGCACGAGGAGUGGAUUUUACAUGAUUAAACCACUGCUUAGCCCAACCAAAAUCAAAGUGUACUGCGAUAUGACAGAGGGGGGUGGAUGGACAGUCUUCCAGAGACGCUCAGAUGGCAGCCAGUCGUUUGACCGAGACUGGAAUGAUUACAAAACAGGAUUUGGUGACAUGAAGUCCUCUAAUGGGGAGUUUUGGUUAGGGAAUGAUAAUCUACAUUAUUUGACAUCUCAAGACGAUUACACCCUGAGAAUCAAUCUGGAAGACUUUGAGGGCAGCCACCGUUUUGCAGUGUACAGAAAAUUCAAAGUGGAAAAUGAACAGAACCAUUACCAGCUCCAGUUUGGUGUAUACACAGGAAACGCAGGGGACGCUCUCUCUGGCAGUUAUCAUCCUGAGGUUCAGUGGUGGGCCAGCCACCAAGGAAUGAAGUUUAGCACACGAGACAAGGAUAAUGACCGCUACGACCGCAGUUGUGCUCAGGAGGACAAGGGUGGCUGGUGGUUUAACAGAUGUCACUCUGCCAAUCUGAAUGGACUGUACCACCGAGGAGCUUACAGCGCCGUCACUGAUGAUGGAAUAGUGUGGUACCCAUGGCAUGGCUGGUGGUACUCCCUCAAAUCUGUGCAGAUGAAGAUCAGACCAUCCAUUUUUGAGCCUAAUGAUGUUUAAUUCAUGGAUCUGAUAUCUGAGCCAUGAAGGCAAUGAAUUUGUGUGUGAUGGCAAAUAAAAUUGUAGUCCAGCUUAGUAGUUCAGUUCUUAACUAUUUGCAUAUGUAGUUCAAAAAGCUCUUCUGCAUGAAGCACAAUAAAUUUUUAAACGCA